AUGUGUCUACCAGCUACAUGGUGCAGGGUACAACAAGCUCUCAGAUCUCAGAUCCCGUUAUGGAUCCCGCCAGACAGAUGGGAAGAGGCGGCGGGGGGCAUCCGAACCAGCGAGCCACCUACUGCUGGCUUUGUUUGGCCCUACAUGUCGUGUGACGCCGAGCUAGCUUGCCUUAACACACGCGACCAGAGGUCGUAGCAAGCCAAGACGAAUAGUUGGCAGGCUGGUGUUAUCCUGUCGUAACCAAGGCAAAGAGCAAUAGCUCCUCGGACUCGGGGCACAGCAACCGCCGCGAGCUAAACCCGCCGCACGACACUGCUGCUGGAGCGGUAAGACGAGCUUCUACACGGCGCGCAUGGAGAAGGGAGGGCGACAUUCCGGCAGCAGGUGCUGAUUAGGCGGAUACCGCCAUGAGUGGGCUUGGUACCGUCAUGUUAUAGAAGGUUCUAGGGCCAACCAACCACGGCAUUCCCGUGUCAGAGGACGAGGCCAUGCAGAGCGUGACCUUCAAUCAGGUCCACCGAUGCAACCGCACCACCCCAUAGCUUAGGUGCUCGAGCAGUACGUCCUCGCGGAUGCCAAGACGAAGAUGGGCACCACAGGCUUCACUUCGGUUACAAGAGCGACCCCGACCACGACGGUAUUGCCGUACCUUCCCCGUGUGCGAGGCUUUUUCCGAAAAGGCGUGUGCUGCGAAGGGCGGCGGCGGUGAAAAAACUUGGACGUCAUCAGCAACAUGUACGUUGCUUAUGCUUCGAUAUGUGAAGUAUGCUCUAUGGGGCUGGGAGGUUUUGU